AUGCAAGAUUAUGCCAUGGAAGGUUCUUAUUCCCCAUUAACAAAAAGUAAAAUUUCUUUCAAUAAAAAUAAUUUCAAUGAAAAAAUUUUUAAAGAAAAAUGUUUGGGAUUUUUUACUUGGUCUGUAAUGUCAAUGUUCUUUUUUAUUGAAUUUUACUAUUAUGGCUGGUUUACAAAUGAAUGGCUUCCUAGAUUUAUUUUAAAUUGUCCUAGGUUUUUAUACUAUAUUCGUGGAAAUCUUAUUGUUACUUAUGUCAUUCCAUCAACAACUAUUUAUAGUAAUUUUUAUGGAUCUUCUGAAGGUGAAAAUGUCACAAAUGAUGAAAAGAAAAGAGGAAAUAAAUUGUCAGAGUUAUCAGCUAUUGGACUUGUAGAGGAAGAUGAUCAUGAACAAAAUCAUCUAUACAAUAUUGAAAUGAAUUCAGGAUAUGAUAGUGAAUAUAGAAAAAAUGAUAUAUCAAGGAGAGAUAAUUUUCUUGAUAGAAGUCAAGAUUAUGAUACAUCUUUUAAUAAUAUUGGAUUUUCAAAAACUAAUCGUCGUAUUGAUGAUAAAGGUUUUUUGGCUCCAAGACAUUCAUUGUUAACACGUCCAAUUGAAACAAUUUACACAAUGGAUCAGUUAGGGGAAUUUAUAAACGGAGUACCGAAACCAAAAAUUAGUGAGUUGGAUUUUAAUGACAAAUUUUCUGCCGGAUAUCCAACAAGAAAUUUAGGGAUUCAGAAGAAUGGGCUUAAUGGUAUAAAUAAUUUUGUUGCUAUAACUAAUGAUACUAAUGCUGCAAGUAAAAUGUUAUUUCAAUAUCAAAGAGAAAACAAGGAAGAUGGAUAUUCUUCCACACAUGAAGAUUCUUCUACAUCAGCUCUAGGAAAACAAAAGAAAAAAUCUCCCUCUUCAGGUCGUUCAGUAGUGACAACAAUGAAGCUUCUUAGAAAUAGAGGAACUCGAUCAAGUCCAAACAUUUAUGGAUUGGAGGAGACUCUUCAAAUGUAUAAAAUGUCCUAUGGAACCUUGUGUAGAUGUGAGGGAAAAUUACGUGUAUGGAUUAAACAAACUAUUUUGAAACCUUUGCUAGAAAAAAUUGAAUCAGCUAACAAACAAUUGUUAAAAGAUUAUCCUGGACUUCAUUUAAAGGUUGGAGAAAGUAAUCUUGAUACAUUACAAUGUUUUGCUGCAACUAAACCUGAAAUUUUUAAAAAUUCUACACUUAGUUAUGUACUUCCAUUUCUUAAAGUUUGUCAAGAUCAAGAAUAUCUUUUUCAAAGAUUAAAAGAAUUAACUGCUGAUCAUUCAUUAAAGAGUUAUCUUUGGAAAGCUAUUGAAAAAACUUCACCUGGAGAAGUUCUUAGGCUUUUAGUUAACAAUAAAUCAACUGCAACACAAGAAGAAAAUAAAAAUAAAUCAAAUACAUUUUCUCCACCAAAGAUAACUAAUGAUACAGAGAUUCUUCUUCAUAUGUUUUUAACAUAUAUGGAUAGUGUUUUGACGUCAAAUCCUUUUGCUGCCUACAAAGAUGUUGAAAUGCCAUUUACUGCAAUUUAUUUUUUAAGAGCUCCUAACGAGCCUUCUAUAAUUCACAGAGCACAUUCUUCUUUCUAUCUUCAUCUUGAUAAACAAAAUCCAAUUCAUAUGAGAUUAGUUAUAAAUGGUGGAGAAGAAAUAAUGGAUUUAGGUGCAGAUCAAAAUAACUUCUUCCGGACUAUUGUCUUAUUCGUACAACAUUGUUAUCUAUAUAACAACAGAAUGGUAGAUAGGAUCUCAUUAAGUGAUAAAUCUCUUAAUUGGAAAAAUAUCAUUAUGUAA